GUUCGUCUUACACGGUGGUUUGUCCUCCGCCAUUACAAAGCAAAGAAGAAGAAGAAGGAGCGAGCAGCUGCUGGAUUCCUCGUGGGGCUACAGGUGUUGUGUCAGUCCAUCGCUGCACAUGAUGACCACAGAGCCAGAGAGCCUGGAGAGCCUGGAGAGCCUGGAGAGUCUGAGUGUGCUCUACCAGAGCGAUGACUUCAUUGUGGUCGACAAGCACUGGGACAUCCGCAUUGACAGCAAGAUGUGGUACGAGAAACACACCGUGCAGGCUCAACUCCGGCACCGCUUCCCUCAGCUGGCGGACCCGAGCACCUACUACGGAUUCAGGUUCUGUCAUCAGUUGGAUUUCUCCACCAGUGGGGCCCUUUGUGUUGCCCUCAAUAAAGCUGCGGCCGGCCGCGCCUACCGCUGCUUCAAGGACCGCACUGUCACUAAAGCAUACCUCGCCCUGAUUCGCGGCUGCGUUGAGGAACAGACGCAAACUCUGGACUUCUCCAUCGGCAAGAACUCCUCAGAGGGAAAAACACAUAUGAUGUGUAUUGAGGGAACAGAAGGCUGUGAAAACCCCAAGCCGUGCCAAACCGGGCUGACAGUGCUGGAGUAUGGGCUGUAUGAUGGAGAUCCUGUGACCAAGGUGCUCCUGCAGCCGCUCACUGGCCGGACCCACCAGUUAAGGGUCCACUGCAGCGCCAUUGGCCACCCCAUCGUCGGUGACUUCACCUACAGCUCAGGAGCGGACGACGCCCCGUACCGCAUGAUGCUGCACGCCCACUUCCUCCACAUUCCCUUGGAUCCACAGCCCCUGCUCGUCUCUGCCGGAGAUCCCUUCCUCCCCGCGGUGGAUCCCAAGUGGCUCCCGGAGCGCUCGUUACGUACACUGACGGCCACUGUAGAGGCCCUGCUGGAGCGCAGGGUGGAGGAGGACAGGAAGGUUAAAGAGGAGGAGAAGGAGAGCGCAAGAAAAGAGGAGGAGAGGAGAAGGAAACGUCGCAAGGAACAGAGGACUGAGAAGGAGAGCGAUGAGCAGAGGAGGCAGUGUCAAGAGUGGCUGAGUGAAUGGGCUGGAGACUGAUAACGAGUCUUUUGUGUUGUUAUUUAUGUUAAUUUAUUUUAGCUUUUUACUUAUGAAAGCCACGUUGAACGUGUAUACUCCACCAGUGUAGUUUUUUAUUGGCAUAUGUGGUUGUGGACCAGGACGUUAAUUCCCUCACAAACCAGUUAUAAACAUUAGGUUAGAAAACUUACUUGUGUGCGCCUGUAAACUGCUUUUUAACAAUUCAAACCACUGACAUCUACCCACGAUUGGACCAGCGCCUCUGCACUAGUUUACAAAUAAGUGCCUUGCUCAAGUUUACCUUUAUAGUUUUCAAUAAAUCUAUUCCUGUAGAUUUAUUUAGCCAAGCAGAUCAUCUCAAUGUGCCAAAGUUCUGAGCCACUGAUUCACAGAAAUUGAUGUGAAAAUCAAAGUAAAAGCUGUUAUAUGUUAAAUGGGCUUUUAGUGUCAGUUUCCAACCCUCUUCCUCGGUCUUUGUCAUGUUUUAUGGUUUUACAGCUUUUGAGUACACUAUUAAAAAUAAAAAGAAUUUUGUGUCAAUGUUAAAAAUACAGAUCUCUCCAAACUAAGCGUUAAUAAAACUGUACUAAACAAAAA